AUGUCCACAUUUGACGGCCUCGUAGCCGAAUUCCCGGACAUCAGAACCUCUGCAGUCGACCACUUCCGCUCCCACUCACACCUUCGGCCACCGCUGGCAUGCUUCCUCAGUCACGUCCACAGCGAUCAUCUGGCCGGGCUCGAGACCCUCCGGUCACCGUUGACAUCUCCCGCCAACCUCGUUCUCGAUCCCUCAGUGCUAAUCCACCAGCCGCGAAGUGUCUACUGCUCAGCCGCGACACGUGCGAUACUACUCCGGCUCGAGAGAUAUCCUUGCCGCAUUAAUUAUGCGCUGGGAAUCCUCGAGACCCGGCAGCAGACGUACAAGCAUCUCCACAAAGUCCUGAAACCCUUGCCACUAGACACUCCAACAUGCAUCGAGCUCCAGCCCGGCCAUCAAAUCCAAGUGACACUAUUGGACGCAAACCAUUGUCCUGGGUCGGUGAUGUUCCUAAUUGAAGGUGAUGGAAAAGCAAUAUUGUAUACCGGAGAUAUUCGAAGCGAGCCAUGGUUCGUCAAUUCGGUUCAGCGGAAUCCCUCUAUCCUAGAGUAUACUCUCGGCUCGAAGACUCUUGACAAGAUAUAUCUUGACACAUCAUUUAUCGACGACGUCCGAUUUCCUACCAAGGCCGAGGGCAUCGUGGAGCUUCUUGCAAAGGUCUCCCGCUACCCGGAUGAUACCAUAUUCCAUUUCCAAGCAUGGACCUACGGCUAUGAAGAUGUAUGGGUUGCCUUGGCAAAAAGCCUGAAAACUGCGAUCCAUGUAGAUGAUUACAAGAUGAGAAUAUACAAGUCGUUAAAGGCCAAUGGCGCAGGGAAAUCACCGAAUACCUUCUCCCACUUGUCACCAGAAGCACCAGCAUUAGUAGGUCACAUGUGUGGGAACUCGCCACUUCCCGGCUGCCUCACCACUGCCGAGAAUGUUCGAGUCCAUAGUUGCGAGAAAGGGAAUAUGUGUUCCACAGCGAAGGCAACUUCUGUUGUCAGAAUUCAACCCAUCAUUGCUCGCAUGCCGACCGGCGCUGAGAUGAUUGAGGCCGGGAUUGGUGGUGGAGGUGAGGAUUUGGAGCGUGAGAACGAGCUGGACGCCUUGUCUGCAGAUGAUUUGCGAAAUUUGCAAGAGAAGAUUCACACCUUGCUCAACUUGAGUGAGAUAGAUGCAGAUAAAAUGGGAGACUUUCUAAGCAAAGUUGCCUUGAGUGGGCGUAGCUUAACACUCGAUCUCCAAGCAACCACAGAGGAACAGACCUCUUCACCCACCAUCGACAAGGUCAUCCAGGCAAUCGCCAAGCAGCUCGCACCUGCCACUACUGAUGUGUCAAAGACGGGUGCAGAUAUGGACCAGAGAGCCGAAACCUUUCUACCCAGAGUUGUUCGUUUUCCAUACUCUCGACAUUCCUCCUACCACGAACUUUGUCUUCUCGUGGCUGCUUUCAAACCACGGGAUGUCUGGCCUUGCACCGUUAAUAUCGAUGAAUGGCUUAAAGACGAUGUGACAAUCAAAUCUCUCUUUGGAGAGCACUGUUCCGGGACAACCUAUGCCCAUGAUCUCAAGAUGGAUAUCUUGCGACAAGCCAGGCCGCCAGUAAUGAACCCCUCCAGCAAUAAGAACUCGCAGGAGACAGAUUACUCACGUCCAAGGACGGAAUCACCGCCAGCCUCCAUCAACCCACGUCGUUCUGGAGCCCCACCACCGUCUUCGCCUCCAUUUCGCAAUGUUGAAACGGACACAGAGCCGAAUUACCCAGAGAAGAAAUAUGCUACACCUAGUGUUGGGGACGAUGUGUCUUCCCCUUGCUCAGCUCCUACUCGUGGUACACAUGGCGUAAAGCGUCGAUUUGAGGAUUCUACACUAUGGAAAGAGGCGCGUGCCCGAAGGCUCUGGGAGGAGGAAUGUAACGAGACCGGAACUACGGAUGAGGCUGAAGAAGGGCCAGACUCUCAGCAGACCAACAAAUCAUUCGUAUCUACAAUAAGCCCCAAUGCUUCUACAAUACGGAAAGAGGCGUAUUACCGAAUGCUCAUGGACAAGGAAUGGGAUGAAGACGGUUUGAUUUCAACUAACGGCGGACACACCAUAAAGGAGGAGGAGCUUGGUCAUUAA